GUGGCUUGAUCUUCAGCUGGCAACCAAAACAAAGGCUUAGACUUCGACCGUUCCUGUUCGCCCUGCUUGUCACAAGAAGAUUUCACCAAAUUAUAUUAUCGCAAUUAAUGAGUCGACCAGCUCAAAUUCUACUGUCCGCUGUAAGAAAAAUGUCACACAAAACAAGGAUCGCUGUGUGUCAAAUCAACGCGAAGGCUGACAAGGAGGAGAAUUUCAAUAUUUGCAAGAGCUUGAUUGAGGAGGCUGCCAACGCUAAAGCUCAGAUGGUGUUUCUUCCGGAGGCUUGCGACUACAUUGCUGAAAGUAAGGAAGAAACCUUGAAGCUGUCUGAACCUUUGAACGGCACCCUGAUAGGACAGUACCAGACUCUUGCUAAAAAAUUAGGAAUCUGGCUCUCUCUGGGGGGUUUUCACGAGCGAACGGAAAAUGACAAGAUGCAUGUGGCGCAUGUCAUUUUCAACAGCAAAGGAGAGAUCGUUUCGGUUUACAGAAAAGCCCAUCUCUUUGCUUUUGGUGCUCUUGAUGAAUCCAAAUAUAUUGUACCAGGUUCAAAGGUGGAGGAGCCAGUUGAAACUCCUGUAGGCAAACUUGGCCUAUUGAUUUGCUAUGACCUGCGGUUCCCGGAAAUUAGUUUGCAGCUGCUAUCAAAAGGAGCCGAGAUUCUUACCUUUCCCUCGGCAUUCACGGCAGCCACUGGACAAUCACACUGGGAAUCCCUGUUGCGGGCGAGGGCUAUAGAGACUCAAUCAUACGUGGUGGCUGCUGCCCAGACAGGUUGUCACGGUGGCAAUAGGAACUCCUAUGGCCACGCCAUGGUAGUUGACCCUUGGGGCGCUGUUGUGGCUCAGUGCUCUGAAGGAACGGGACUCGCCCUCGCGCAGAUUGAUUUGGAAUCCUUGAAGUCGAUAAGAACCAGAAUGCCAGUCGUUGAACACCGACGGCCGGAUUUGUAUCCCACCGACCUGCGAGGACCAGUGCACUCCCCAGCAAAUGAGGAGAUAUUCACCUUUGGUCAGGUUAAGGUGCUAGGAGCGUCUGUUGUGGCAAAAACCGCCCUGACCAUCGCAUUCACCAACAAGAAAUGUGUAGUUCCUGGCCAUAUGCUUUUGGCUCCAAUCCGUGUGGCAGAGAGGCUCAAUGACCUGACACCUGUUGAAAUUGCAGACCUGUUUCAGUUGGCUCGAAAAAUACAGCACGUGAUGGAAAAAAUUCAUGGAGCGUCUUCUUCGACUCUAGCCGUGCAAGAUGGGCCAGAGGCUGGACGGACAAUCAAGCACGUUCAUGUUCAUGUGAUGCCAAGAAAAAAGGACGACUUUAAAUGGAAUGAUGAGGUUUAUCGUGAACUGGCGAAGCAUGACAAACCGGAAGACACAGGGAGAUGGAGAACUGAAGAAGAAAUGGCAGAUGAAGCAAAAAGCAUUAGAUUGGUUUUCAGAGAAUGUGGAUUCUUUGAUAGCUAACAGCUUAUAUUUUCUAUAUAAUAAACUGAUCUAUAUUUUCA